UUUUUUUUAAUUAAGAGAACAUAUUGGCUAAGUGAAUGUAAAUUUCCCGAUUCUUAUGUAAAUUUAUCUUUAAAUCCAAAUGAACAUUCAUUGGCCCAUUGUAAAUUGGAAAGACUUGUUUGGUCCCAAUUACAAAGUUAUGGAAUAACUGAAGAAAUGCUUAGAAGUGUUGCUAAAAGUAAAGGAGCUAGAAAUCCUGUUAUUGGAACUUAUCGAAUUACUCUUUAUCAAUGUCAAGCACUUGAUAGAGAUAAAGAAAGGGCUAAGUUAAAUGAGCAUUUAUUACAACUUGCUGAAAAGAGUAAUUUAUUGUCGGGUAAAAUUGAUGAACGAAGCAAAGCUUGUAUAAUAAUUUAA